AUGCUGAUCCCAGAGGAGGCUCUGAAGCAUGAGAAGUUGAGCAGCCAAUUACAGAUUGGCCAAAAGAAGCUAUCACCAAUGCAAGUGCCACAAGCCCCAAAGUCUGGAGUGAAGGCAACAGUGGCAGUGCCAGCUCCAGUGUGUGAUGGGGCUACAGCAAAGACUCCUGAGGCAAAUAAAGUCGAAGACAAAACAGCAGCGGAAUUAGCAGUGCUGCAUAGAGGAACCCCCUUGUACGGGCAGCCAGCCUGGUGGGGAGAUGGAGACUGCGGUGAGCAACACUCUGCUCGCCCUGAGGAUAGAAACUUGGACAAGAAACGAACCAAGGCAGAAUCAGAUGAAAGGAAAAGUACUGACAACCAAAAAUCUGCCACCAAAACAACAUCCAGCCACGAUCCCAGUUAUUUUGAAAUCCCUACAAAAGAUUCCUCUGCAGGUAAAGCAGUGGGCGAGACGACAAGUCAAAACACAGAAGCCAACUCUUCAGCAGAGCACUUGCUUGGCCAUGCCUCCUUCACCAUCGAGUUUGACCCAGGAGCAACUGGAAAAGGGACAGUCAAAGACAGAGUUGCAAAAGUAGGUCAAGACACUAGAGCACGACCUAAAAGACCUGUUGGAGAAGACCUUAGUCCGCUGCAAACUGCGAUGGUUGCAGCUGAGGUCAAAGUUGCCGACUGGCUUGCUCAAAAUGAACUUCCAUUGGCUCUCAAAGAAAAUGUUGCUGUAGAGGAAGACGGGGAGAGUGCAAAGAGUGAUGUCCCUGUGAAUUUAAGGAGUAUUCAAGGCAGUAAACAUGAAGAUGGCACUCAGAGUGACACUGCAGGAUUAGAAGAGCGUCCCUGGGGGAUGUGGGGAGGACCUGGAAUUAAGUUUCGAGAAGGUCGGGCUAAUGUACCAGAGGGUCUUUUUGCAGAAGAAGACAGCCCUGCACGUCGAAGAAAAGCUCCAAACUCGAAAGCUGUAAGUGGAUUAGUGGAGAGGCGGCAUGGCUCUCCACCCCGCCAACAAAGUGGACGUGAUGAGUACUACCGCCUGGGUGAUGAUUAUAGUGACAGAGGGACCUAUAUCAUUGACAUGGAAAAUGGAGAUGCUGAAGAGGAAGAGGCAAAAAAAAGGACUCUUAAGGUGUUUGCCAAUGACCAGGAGUCUGUGUGCCUGUCGAGAUUAGAAGGCACUGAGCAAAGACCGCGCAGUAACUCUCAACGGUCAGAACUCGGAGAGAGGAGACGGGCUGGGCGCGUGGAGCCAGAGAUGUCUGAGGAUAUGAUGGUUGGUGGGCCUCGCUGGGUUUCUCAGUGGGCAUCACUAGCUGCCACUCAUGUUCGAACUGACCCAGAGGGAUCAGGUGGAGACAGUCAUGUGGUAGCAGAAGACAGAGUUGAACUUUUUGAGUCAACCCACUCAUUAUCAUCCACUGACUACACGGAGCGCAAAAGAAGAACUUUACCAUCGUUGCCCGGUGAAAAUGUUGUUUUGGGAAGGCGGAGUCCAGGGUCUGGUGUACGGAUGGACAUGGGGGAGAAGCAGGACACGGAGCUCCAGGAAAAGGAGAGUCAGGAAGAGAAGACAGUCCGUGGUAAAGCUCAAAGUGGCCACAGCUCUGGAGGUGUCGGCAGUCAUGGAGGAAGUCCUUGUCGAUCCUCACCUGCCAAGUCCCAGGACAGUGGAAGAUCAGGGCAGACUGGUGCCCUGACCCGGCUACCGCCACGUCCACUCAGUAGUGGUGAAAAAAGAAUGGAGGAGGCACGGAGGAGAAAGAAGGAGGAUGAGAAGGCAAAGGAAAUUGGUGGGAAACCAUUAUUAAGACAGGAAAGCUUUACAGUGGAAAGGCCCAGCUCCAAUGUACCUAUUGAACUUAUACCUCGCAUUGACAGCUGUACAAGUACUACAAAUAUUAAAGACUUAGGUAUUGACAGUGCCGUUCUGCAAAAAGACACAGAAGCCGUGGCAGCUUUUUUAGAAACCACUAUCUCAGACCAAGGCGAUCCUCCUAGCCAAUCCUGCGAGGGAUCCAUGUCACCGGAGUCAGACGUGGACACCACCAGCACUGUAAGUCAGGCUGACGGGGCCAGGAGGGUGGUGCAAAAGAGGCGUGCUCUGGUGGGACAGCCAAAGGAUAAAACUGUAGCAUGUUCAUCUGGCAAAGCCCCCACAACCAAUCGUGAUACAGCAGAGAGGAGGAAAAACAGAACAGUAGCACCACAGCAACCCAGACGCCCGUGGACCUCUUUAGACCUCACUGACGACGAUGUGAACAGCAACUCACUUUUGUCUGACUCUAUUUCUGCUCAAGGGUCUCGGAGCUCCCAUUCCAGAGUACAGCAAGGAGGCACAGUCUCCAAAACUAGUUCUAACAGAUCAAAAACUGUCCAGGGCCCUUUGAGUGGAGCCAGUAAAGCCAGUAAUGUUCCCAAGCCCCGACCUACCAGAGCAUCAUUGUUGAGACGAGCUAGGCUAGGGGAGUCCUCGGACACUGAAGCACCUGAUAUGGACCGUAUGUCGGUGGCCUCAGAGGCAUCCACUGCCAGCUCCACGUCCCGAACAGGAAUGGCAAGAAGAGGGAUGUCCAGAAUAGAAGCCUUAGCCCAACCAAGGAGACCCAGGGUGGCAUCGCCAUCAGCUCAGAGUGACUCAGAGGCUACUGUCAUCAAAAAUAGACUAGGAGCCCGCAGUGCUGCAGGAGACUAUGCUUUGAGACAGGGACUAAGAACAACCAAUGUAGCUCAAAUGUCUGGACCAAGAGCUAGAGCUAACAGUGCUUCUAAGCUCCCAGACAAGACCAAAGGAAUUUCUCCAUAUGGACAUGUCCCUGCAUCAUCUGGCACGAAGUGGCGACGAAUACCAGCAGAGUAUGCCUCAACUUCGGAGGAUGAAUAUGGCUCAAACCGACACGCUUCCAGACAAGGACAGACUCAAGCUUUUAAUACACCGCGAGUGGGUCAUCUUGGCGGGUCAGCACCUCCAACUCCAGGCCUGUCUGCUCUAAAGCAGUCUUCCAGAGAGCAGGAUGAAUACAUGAAAGACUGGACAGCUCACAGUGAGGAAAUUGCAAGAAUUAGCCAAGAUUUAGCCAAAGAUCUGGCAAUGCUUGCCAGAGAGAUCCAUGAUGUGGCCGGAGAGAUUGACUCCGUCAGCCCUGGUGCCACAGAUCCUGGGACUAGAAUGGACGAACAGGUAUUUGACAACUCUGCAGAGCCAGAAGAUUCCCAGGCAGAGUCUAAUGGUUGUUCAGUGGAGCUCAGAAGAAAAAAGGGAAGCUCACGAUCUAUUCGCCGUCAAACAUGGAACAGGGAAGACGCAAUACUAGACAGUUUACUUCUGACAUCAGUGACUCAAUUAUCAACCAGAAUACGCCAGUGUGUGGACAAGACAACCUGCAAAAUCAGGAUUCUCUUCAAAGAUAAAGAACGAAAAUGGGAUGAGAUUGAAAGCAAACUACAAGUGGAACAUGACUCGUUACUCUUGAAGACGUCCAACAAGGAGAUUUCAAACGUCAUUCAAGACCUAAGAAGGGUUGAAAAACAGCUACUUGUCAUAGAUAUGAUGGUCGACCCAGAUGGCACCUUGGAUGCUCUGAACAGUCUGGGAUUGCAGAGUCCCCUGUGUGAGGCAAAAACCCCUCCUGGUGUUCAACAGGGGGCAGCAGAGAGUGAAAAAGAAACACUGACCACCAUAGCACUUUCAGGGGCCGGACAUGGUGGUCAUUCUGAGGCAAUGGAGGCGGGACAGAAGGACACUGGUCCUGGUACAUGA